UGACGUCAUUUGUGGCGCGUUUUUGUUGCAUGUCGGCGCAUACGAACAUGUUGCGUGUUAUCGAUCAGCUGGUUGUUUGGUGAGCAGUGACAACUUGCUGUUGGACCAUAGACCUGGAGGCCUCGCAUGAAGAUUUGUCUUCCGGGGAGGCAUUGUAUCCCACGAAAUUAUGCCGAGUGCUUCGGUGAACUUUCAGUCUCUUAUCAUGGAAAGCAUUUGCAACUGGAUUAUUCACUCUGCAAAAUAAAAACCACACACACAACGCCGACCAUCUCUCACUUUGGCCCCCACUUAGCAGUGCAGUGUCUGUGAGCAUUCUAGUGGGGUCUGCGUCAACCAUGUGCCCAGGCUAAUCCACAUCUGACAAACUGGUUAAUGUCUUCUGUGACAGACGUCGACAUAGGCCUAGUGAGCGUAGCAUCUUACCGCCAGUUCUCUGCAGACUGUGAACCACACGAUGCCAUUGUUAUCCUCGUUCAUCCAGAAAUGUUCAGUUCAUGACUAGGCGUAGUAGGGUUAAUGUAGUGCCAUGCCAGGUGGUUCCGUGAUCUCGUGCUCGGGCCUGUGACUCGUAUGAUGAUGCCACAUUCCGAGGCAAGGAACCCAGUUGUGAACUUACAGUGAGACACUACUGACAUGUUCACAUCGGUCCUGAAACUAUUGGUCUGGAGUAACAACAUGUUGAUCAACAGUUGAGAUUUCUUCACCGCCACUGAAAUUUUUGGAUGGGAUUGCUUUGAUUAGUGGGGAGUGCUCAGUGCUGACAAGUACGAUGGCCUCAUCAAGGAUUGCCAAAGGGAAAUCUUUGAAGCGGACGGGGUCUUCCAGCAAGCUGAAGGACCUGCCUCCUCCCGAGGCUCCCCAGGAGCGGAAGUAUAAGCUUGAAGACUUUGAAAUGUUGUCGAUAAUUGGCACCGGCACUUUUGGUCGGGUCAUCUUGGUCAAAGACAAGUGCAUGAAGGAGUACAUGGCAUUGAAGGUUCUUACGAUAGCUGACGUUGUGCGGUUAAAGCAGGCUGACCACGUGCUGAGUGAAAAGUCCAUUCUCAUGUCAAUAAAGCACCCCUUCAUUGUUAAUUUAUAUUGGGCCUAUCACAAUGACACAUUCCUGUACAUGUUACUCGAGUAUGUGUGUGGCGGAGAACUCUUCACGUAUCUACGCAGUAUGGGUCGCUUUAAAGCUUCCAUUGCCAAGUUCUUCUCAUUAGAGAUAACCUCAGCAAUUGAUUAUUUGCACAAAGAGGACAUUGUUUACAGGGACUUGAAACCUGAAAACAUUUUAAUUGACCGAGAAGGCCACGUCAAGCUCACCGACUUUGGAUUUGCAAAGAGAUUAAAAGACAGGACGUGGACACUUUGUGGCACCCCUGAAUACUUGGCGCCAGAGAUUAUCCAGAGCAAAGGACAUGGCAAAGCCGUGGACUGGUGGGCAACGGGAAUCCUCAUUUAUGAGAUGCUAGUUGGGUACCCGCCCUUCUACGAUGACAACCCUUUUGGUAUCUAUGAGAAGAUUCUGGAAGGCAAGAUUGACUGGCCUCAACACCUUGACAAAGAUGCAAGGGAUUUGAUCCAGAAGCUAUUGGUAAUUGACCGGACAAAGCGCAUUGGCUGUAUGGUAAAUGGAAGUGAUGAUAUUAAGAAUCAUGACUGGUUCAAAGAAACGGACUGGGAUGCAGUCAGGAGACGUCAGCUCAAACCUCCAAUAGUUCCCACGGUAACACAUGAUGGAGAUACACAGAACUUUGACAAAUAUGAUGAUGACGGCUGGCAGUCAUCUAAGGCAGUGACUGCUGACAUCCAAGAAUUAUUCCGUGAUUUUUGACGACGGCUUUGAAUGGGCGCGAGUUCAGACAAGCUGUCCAGUUCUGAUUCUCUGUAUUUUGGAGGGAGUCGGAACUUUUGUUCACCCGAGACAUCGUGUCCAAUCAGUCACUCUCAGCAAAUGAUAAAAUACUACCACAAAAAAUGCACAUUUGAGGUUGUGGACACCUAUCCUUCCAUGUUUGCUGACAACAUAGUAGCCAUUGCUAUGUUUACCCAAGAUCAUUGCUACGGUUUCCAAGGGUUGAAUUUAUCAAGCUUGCAACUGCCUUUCCAAGCCUGUUCGAGGUCCAGCAGAAAUUUAAACAAACAUCGGUUGAUAGCAGCAAUUGCUCUGUAAAGAGGCAGGAUAAACUGUUGGGUUUGCAGUGCCAAACAUCGGCUUCAACGAUGAAAUAUGUUUCAACUUGAGGCCAAACUUGUCUUCUGUGUGAGCAUUAAGUGUGGUGUUCCCCACAAACAUCACUUCUGAAUUGACCGUUUGGUUUGACGUUGCUGCACAGAAGACAACGUUGUAUUUAAGCUGUCAAGUGUGUACCUCCAACCAGCCGUGUCCAGAAAUUCCCAAUCCUCUUGUAAUGGAUGUGAGCAGGACAGUCCUCCAUUUCUCCUCGAGUAACAAGCCUAGUUUCUUGUGUCAGUGAUCCCUGCUCAGCUAUGUGGCAGGGUAGCAUGGGACAUAACUAUUGUUUUGGUAUAAGAUGGGUCUGGGUAGUACUGGGCACCAUUCGUAGCCAUUGGCACGGCGGUAAAAUAUGAGCUAAAGGCACAUGAAUAGCUUUCUUGUUCCCAGGGACACACAACUGGACCAAACCUGCAAGGUUUCAUCAGGAAUUCUACCAAGGCCAUCCUUGUUCAUCUGGACCACUUCUGUGCCUGAUUUACUUGAACGGCCUUUCUCUGAUCUGAGCAUUCUCCAUUAAGGCCUUACCUUACUGUACAGAAUUUUAAACUCUGAGAACCUUGCUUAGUUUGCACUGAACACACAUCAGUAAAUACAAACGAGAGAUUGUUGAUACCUUAAUGAGAUAACUGCACUCUGUUUGACAAGCCAUCUGUGCAGACAUCGUCAAAUAAAUCAGCCCUUCCUGUUACCCUUUGCACUUGUGUGAUCAUUACGACAAGUGAACAACAACUUCCAGGUCACUGUUUUUUUAACUGAUUUGAGAUAAUUUGUAAGUCGCCAAAUUGUGUUAUGUGGCCUAUUUUUCCUCUCAAGCUGCUUUGAGUUUUAUUGGUCGUAACUUUUGGGUUUUCUUCAACAAUGAAAGUAUUCUUCCAAAGAUUUUGUAUUCAUUUUUUUAAAUGUAUUUAAGCCUAACUUUAUUUGUCAAAUACACAGCAUGGUUUGUAUGCUUAAUUAAGGCCAAAAAUGAUUUUGGUUAAAUGAAAGAUUGUAUUUCGUGUGACAAAUUUUAUUUUCUUAGAGAUGUAUCUUACAAGCUGUAUCUUUGCAGAGUGCUCCUAUAUUAAAUUAAGGGGGUGUUUUCUUUUUCUAGUUUGAAAAGCAAUAUUUCUUUGUAUUUUAACCCACUUCCUUUGUUUGACUGUCGUUUUCCUCAAAUGCCUGUUUGUGUGUGUAACCUGUUUUACCUCACUUAGUGUCCAAAGACGUCGUUCACAACUAUCAAGCUAACUCAGAGCCGCACAAGCCAUUUCAAGUCGUUUGUCAGAUUAAAAGGUUUGUCAAUUCUGUUUGCAAUUGCUUUUUUUUUUCCAGUCUAAACUGUAUUGGUGGUUUUUGAGCAGUUCUCAUUUUCCAGCAUUUCGUAUUCUGGCUCACAUCUUUGAGUUUGUACAAAGUGUCUGGCUUGAAAUGAUAUUUCUGCACACAUUUCAUUCAUAUUCAUCGUCAUGAACUGCACUUCUAAACUAUUUUCACCCCAGGUGGCCUAUACUUAGGUUAACCCUGGACCUGAUUUCAUAGAGCCAUUAAAUGAAAUCACAACUUAAUAAUUUAGCUAUUGGGCCAAAAACAGCAAUCAAUCAAUAUUCAUGUGACACUUUGGCCGGUAACUGUGCUUGUUGAGCAAAAUUCGGCCCUUAACGAGACCUCGCUCUGCAAUGGCUUUGUGAGAAAUUAGUCACCACAACCUUAAGGCCAGUCAUGGAUCUGACUUGUAUAGAUAUGUUGGUCCUGGUUCUUGGUCUUUGUCCCAGGAACGUAAAGGUCGGUGCACACAGUAAUGUACCAUAUCAAAGAUUGAGACAGGUUAAGCAACUUUGCUGACUGCACUAUUUGUGAGCUAAGAUGAUUGAUGUUGGAAAAUCUGGUUUGCAUCUGCAAGACCUGGCCAAGCUAAAUGUUGCCAAGGCACUUUGUUACAUGGGUGAAACUUGCACUACAGGUAUUUAAAGAAUUCUAGCCUGGACUGUAGUUCUUGCAUAAGGGCCUGUGUUGACAGGAGGCAAGGCAAGGCUGAGGCCAAGGUCUUUUGGGACAGGGAAUGAGUUAUGGCAGUGUCAUUAGUUAAUGACAGCACAUACAUGUAAUGUCAGUUCAUGUCUGGCUGUACAAGACACUGACUGAAAUACAUCACUGUCCAGUCAUGCUUCAGAAAGUCAUUUGCUUCACUGCAGAUACACGCUCUGUCAUGUUGACCCUAGUUCACUGAGACAUUGCAUGUGUUGGUUUCAUCAACCAGGGUGUCAUUUUCUAUUAAAAAAAGCUUUUGUUCAGUACAGUGUGAUACUAUCAUCUUUUGUGACAGGAAAAUUCCACAAGGUCCAACAUUUGUUACCAUUGUUCUGCGUCUUAGACAUGGAAUUAUUUUUUGGGGGGAGGGGGAAAUCAACGUACACUGCAUCGGUCGACUCUCUCUCUCUCUCUCUCUGAAAGGGUACAAAUAGUAUUUUCCUGAGACGUCUGUAAUUCCUUGCCACUGUAUUCACAUUUUCAUGGUGUUGGUCUGUGUACUUUCUUCCGAAGGAAACAAUAACAUAGAAAGUGCAACUUGCGUCUCAAUUAGUAUCUGCUUUGUGAGGUCAAGUGUCACACAUGUAAUUUAUACCCCUUGACUACCCAAUCCAAAAUUAACACAUUUAUUUAUUUUUGCUUAGUUUUUAAUAGUGCCAAGUGUUUCAGAUUUUUUUUUUACAAAAACUCAUCAACACUACGCACCUUAACAAAUCAAUUCAUAAAGGGUGUUUUUUCCCCAAGGGAUAUGAAACUGAGAUCAUGUAUCAUAGGGCCUGUAAAUUGUGGGAAGCCCGAAGUGAUAAUGUACUUAUUCAGAACACAGGUUUUCCUGAACUGUUGCCAAUAUUUUUACUUUUCUAAUUCUGCGUUACCAUGGACCAUCUCACAGAAAUGACCACAAAGAAGUUUUUGUAACAAGGUAACAAAGACUCUUGGUAGGAGUGUUAAAAAGUUUAAAGAUGGUAUCCCAUGGUACAGGUGGUAAUCGUUAAGAGAAGGGCAUUAUGCUGGUGUUAAAAUUCCAGUGAGAUGGAUGCCUGUGGCUUAACCAAAUCUCCCUUGGGCAUUUAUGAUAUAAAAAAACAACCACUUAGUCACUAUUCAUUGUUAAACCGUCCAAUUUAAAUUUUGACACAGAGGGUAUUUUUUUGUGUCUAAAUAUAAAUGUUUGUUAAAAUUAUAUUUGUAAGAGGUUUGUGAAUUAUUUUGGCAACAGUAUUUUGUACACAAAUUAUCAACAGGAUUUGCCUAUGUGAACGAUGAAGUACUGUGUGAAGAUUGAAGAAAGUUUUAGUAAUAAAAUUGUUGGUUAAUAGCUGGAAACAU